AAUACUUACCGUCUUGUUCUAAGCUAAAAAGCAAUGACAUCUUUGCUGCUAGUUUGUGCGCUGGCAUCCUUGCUCUUUGGUUUCCAGUCGAGCAGUGUGGAUGCCGGUGGAGAAUAUUGCCACGGUUGGGCCGACACCUACAAUAUCUGGCACGAUGGCUUCCAGUGCCCGGAGCGGUAUGAUGGGGAAGAAGCCAGGUUUUGCUGCGGGACGUGCCAUCUCCGCUACUGCUGCAGUACCCCGGAAUCCAGACUGGACCAGGAGACCUGCGACAACGAUAGUUUUCUGGGUUUGGAAACCGAAGAGCAAACUAGCCACAAGCCACCACAAGUGCCUACGUACCUGCCUUUCCUCAUCGUUGCCAGCGUGUUUGUAUCCUUCAUUGUCGUCGGCUCCUUUGUCGCCGUGUUCUGCUGCCGUUGCCUGAAGCCCAAAGCUGGGGGGCAGCAGUGCGGCUCCGUGCCUGUCCAGAGCCGCCUGAUCGAGUCGGGACCCCCCUCGGAUGGCAGGACCCCCUCCCGCCACUCCAGUUCCAGCUCCAGCUCUGCCAGUCGUUGCUCGGCGGGGGGUCGGCCCCAGAACAACAUCUGCACCAUGGGCACAGAGGGCAUGAACGUGUACAUGAGCAUGCCUCCGCCGGGCAGCUACCCGGUGAUGGGAUGCCCUCCACCCCAGCAGUACAUGCCCCACAACCAGACCUCCUCUCCCUUUGUGCAGCCUCAUGGGUACAUGGGCUACGGAAUCCCACCAGAGCAUGCUAUGCUGAUGACCCCUGCGUACAUCGACAGCAGAGUGGCUUAUGGGCAGCAGCACCCCUUCCCACAGGCACCCAUGCAUACCGAGCAGCUGUACCCAGGAGUGACUUUAUGAGAACUUCUUAUUUUUAUUAAAAGUUUUAAAAGGAUAAAGACUGAAGUUAGAUUUGGAUGUGUCGAUCCGUCCUAUAGCCAUUGGGUCAUGAGCUACACUCCAGGGAUAGGGUUCAGCCAAAAUGCAGGGUUUGUUUAGAGGAAAGAGGAAUAAGGCAAGACUGUAUAUUCCAGUUAAAUAUGUGGGGUGCUUAUUUAAAAAAAAAAAAAGUUUCCUUUGAAAAGAGAAAUUUUGGCAGCAGACAGUGGGUUAGAGGGAAUAAGUAGAUAUCCUUGUAUAUUUAGGAUCUCUCAGAGGAAUGUUUACUAAGCCAAGGGGGUGCUUUGAAAUUCUCUAGCAGUGUUAAAUAUUCCUCAUGUUUAUCUUGUGGGAAAUUACACUGGUCUGUCACUUGAUGAUGAGACUCAAGUAACAUAAUCUAGUUUACAACAAGAUGAGAUACGAAACAAGACUGUUCUUGUGUUGCUGGAUUCUCCCCUCUGUGAGUCCAGUGGUCCACAAACCAGUAGAAACCAAAGAUUCAUGCUGAGAACUUUUAAACUUCUUGUUGCACAUUUUAUUAAAACUGAAGAGACUGCAUCUCAAACCAAUGCAAAUGUUGUGAA